AACUUUCCAAAAUCACGAUGUUUCCAAUCCUAGAAGUACAAGGCACUCUCUUAGACAGCCCCAGUUGAGAUCUUCCCUGAACUCUUCAACCAGGAGAAGAAGCCAGCCUCGACUCCCUACUCCUCAGAUGUCACGUUUGGUGACCCAAUUUCUAAACAGAACUCGUGCAGCACCACCAUCCAGGACCAGGAAUUUCGAGUUUCCUUUGGGCAUGGAAUUAGAUAUGAGACUUGAUAUACUGGAAGCCUUGGAGGCUGCAGAUGCUGAUCUUGCUGAUAUAGGACCACUUGCCAGCAUCUUUCAUGCUCAGCGGGAUUUUAAUGAAAAUGAUUAUGAAAUGUUAUUGGCACUAGAUCAGAACAAUCAUCAACAUGGUGGUGCAUCUGUUCACCAGAUAAAUAGUUUGCCACAAUCAGUAGUGCAGACUAAUAAUUUUGAAGAAGCUUGUGCUAUUUGUCUUGAAACCCCAGUUGCUGGAGAAACCAUACGUCAUCUUCCUUGCUUACACAAGUUUCACAAAGAUUGCAUUGAUCAAUGGCUCAGCAGGAAAACAUCAUGCCCAGUUUGCAAGUUAUCAAUAACUUGAAUGGCACCAGGGAUUCCAGUUCUCUGACCUUAUUCAGUGAAGUGCAAACAGAUAAAUAAAUGAUCUCUAUUAAAGAUAGCCAUGUUUCUGCAAUUGGCUUCUGAAGAAUUUUGUUGCAGAACUUUGUGCAUUGGCAGCAGCAAUCUUAGUUUCAUUCAGGUUCUGAAGAAACUGCUGCUAUUUCCAGGCAGGAAAAAGCAUUCAUUUUUGGGAUUUACCUUUAUCAUGGAAAUUUCUCUUUAAGAUGUCUUCUGCCAUCCUGGAGAUACCGCAUAAAUUUUGAACCAUGCCACUAGGCCAACAACCUGGGUGGCUGAUUGUAGAAUAACAAAUUGAAGCCCCUCUUCUCUCGCCAAUAGACUGACAGGGCUUGAACCCUGAAUGGCGAUUCAGGAUGACGAUCUUCACCAUUUCAUCAGAAGGGUAAGCCGUCAGAAGAUUGUUUGGAAAGCAUGAUGCUUGCAUUGCUGCCCUUAUUUUUCCAUUUUUAGUUGAGAACAACGAAUUGAAUCCAAUUGUCACCAAACUUUUUCCCAUCAAAAGCCUGGUUCGUGGGCGACUUUGCCAAUAGAUUUUAUUAAUUGUAUUUAGAGUGUUUUCACUGCAAUUAAUAUCUUUUCACUGUUUUCGCCAACCCUUUAGGAUUUUUUUCCUUGUGCUUUCUUUUUUU